CGACAAGGAGAUUAGCUGCCACAAGAUUCAUUCGCCAGGCAGCGGCAGCCACUCACACCUUCCCCUGCAACACCAUCAUCAAGCACAUCAACAGCAGCAGCAGCAGCUGCACUUGCACCACAAUCACAGCAACAAUGAGGAUGACAUGGAGCCAACGCUGCUCUCGCCCGCCCAUUCCAUUCACUCAGGCUACGACUCAAAGGAGCACGUCAAGGAGUUAGAAUUCUACAAGAAUCUGGCAGCGAAGGCUGCCUCGCUAGCCAAUCAUCAUCCGCAUGAGACGAACUCCGGCUCGCCGCUGCCCAUGCAAAUCGAUGCAGAUGCGGACGAGGAUGAGCCAGAGGAUCAUUCGGCUGAAGCGUUGCGUAUACGACACGAGGAACAGGCGCAGGCCAAGGCAUUCGCAGCGCAUCUGAAUGGAACUAUGCAAGACAUGAUAAAUUUGCAAAAAUUACAAAAUUUGGCCACGCUGCAGCAGCAGCAACAUCAACAGCAUCAUCAGCAGCACCAGCAGCAACAACAGCAACAACAUUCACAUUCACAUCAUUCCCAUCAUCAUCCCGCCACAGCUGCUGCACUUGCAAGUCUUCAGGGCUUAGCUGCCUCCGUUUUCAACUCGCCAUUGAAUCUGAGCGUCGGCGCCGAAGCUGUGACAACAGCGGCAGCAACAGCAACUGGAGUCAGCUCAACAGCAACUGCGGCGACGGCAACGAGUGUCUCACCCGGCAACAGCAGCAGCAGCAGCAACAACAACAACAAUGCCAGCAACAGCAAUAUCAACAACAACAACAACACCGGCAGCAGCAACAACAACAAUAGUAACAACAGCAGUUGCCACAACGGCAACAAGCACAAGACAUCAAAGGGCAACAGCAACACGAACAACAGCAGCAGCAGCAACAGCAGCAGCUCGGCGGGCGGCAACUCCUCGAACAGCCAACAGCAGCAGCCACAGGAUAAUCCCAGCAGCAGCAGCUCACCGCACGCCCAUCCACUGAACGCGACAACCCUGGCGAAUGUUUUAGCUGCGGCGACCGCAUCGCCACCGCCGGCGCUUCAGGCGCCUCCAGCCAGCGCCCAGAUGCCGCAACUGAUACUCGCCUCCGGCCAGCUGGUGCAGGGUGUCCAGGGUGCCCAGCUGCUCAUCCCCACGGCUCAAGGCAUAGCUGUGCAGACGAUUCUUACGAUUCCUGUGAGUCCACAAAUCCCCACCAGCGAACAGUUUCUGCCCAAUGCAUUCGGAGCCUUUGCCAGCUACCAGCAGCAACAGCAGCAACAACAACAACAACAACAACAGCAGCAACAGCAGCAGCAACGGGAACUGUUGGCUCCACCAUUGGCUGCACUGCAACAUGCGCCAGCCUUGCCACAAUUGGCACAGACACCAACGAAUUUACUGAAGCCCAAUCUCUUCUCAACGGGCGUGCAGCAAUUGCUGACAGCAUUGCAUCCCGAGCUGUUUGCCGCAGCCGCUGCCAACCAUCAGCAACAGCAACGCGAACAGCAGCAACAGCAAUUGGCGGCAGCAGCAGCCGCCGCAGCGGCAGCCAGUCACCUGCCACAUGCCCACCUCGCCGCCGAUUUGCGACGCUCCGCGGAACGCACGCCUCCAGCGGGCUCUCCGACUGUGGGCAGUCCGGCGUUGCCGGUGAAGCAGCCGCCGCCUCCUCCGCCUCCCGGAGCAGCUUACUUGCUGCAGCAGCAGUUGCAUAUUAAGCCCGAGACGCAGACGCAUCUGCAUCAUCACCUGCACAGCACAGCAGCGACGAGCACUUCUUCGGCUUCGGCCCAUCCGCAGAUCACUUUGCGGCAUCCCGAUGAGCUGACCGCGCCACAGUUGGACCUAAAGCCCCUCGAGCUGAGCAGCAGCAGCAGCAGCGUCUCGCCCCCUGCCCUGCCUCCAUCUGCGGCACUGGCGCGACAUCACUUCGGGCACAAUCUGCGCAGCGCAGCCACGUCCUCGCCCAAGCACAGUCCGGGUCGCGCCUCCUCCGGCUCGGCAGGCAUCAAUCUCAGCCAGCACCACGAACGACUCGAACGACGUUCGCACACGCCAACGGCCACAGCCACGAGAGCGGGCAGCGGACUGAGCUCGUCCAGCGCGUCGGCUGUGCAUCAUUUGCCACAUGAGCGUGGUGCAAGCAGCUCCGGUGCUGGACGCCUCACGCCCUCAACCACAACCUCAGCAGCCACAGCCGCCGUCGGCAGCAGCAGCAACGAAAGAGGCUUCUCAUCACCAUUGUUUCGCACGCAUUCGCCGCCUGUGCACGCCCUCAACAUGGGCAGCUCGCCACGCCUGGAGCGCGACUAUCUGGGCAACGGACCAAGCCUUAGUGGCAGCUCGAGUGCCGCCUCAGCAGCUGCUGCCGCCAGCUGUGCAGUAGCUGCGGCGUCUAGCUCCACAGGCAACGUACUUAGCAGCAUCAAUAGACUCAACGCCUCGAACGGCGAGCUGACCAUCACCAAAUCCCACGGCCCGCCAACGUCGACUGCAACGCGAGCCUCGUCUGCCUCGCCACGUGAUGAUUCUCCUGGGCCAGGACCAUCGACAUCGGGAGUUUCGCUGAUGCAGCCGCUCAAGCUGAGUCCAUCGUCGAGGAGCGAACCCUCGCACAUGUCGCCCAAUGGCAAUGAGAAUGAUAAUGACCUGCUCAUGGAUUCACCGAAUGAACCCACCAUUAAUCAGGCAACCACAAAUGUGGUCGAUGGCAUCGAUCUGGACGAGAUCAAGGAGUUUGCCAAGGCAUUCAAGCUGCGUCGCCUCUCGCUGGGCCUCACCCAGACCCAGGUGGGACAGGCUCUAUCGGUGACCGAGGGACCCGCCUACAGUCAGAGUGCCAUAUGCAGCAGUGCACUCGCUGCUCAGAUGUAUGCCGCUCAACUGUCGACGCAACAACAGAACAUGUUCGAGAAACUGGACAUCACACCAAAGAGUGCGCAGAAAAUCAAGCCCGUCCUCGAGCGUUGGAUGAAGGAGGCCGAAGAGAGUCACUGGAAUCGCUACAAGUCGGGCCAAAAUCAUUUGACUGACUACAUUGGCGUGGAGCCGUCGAAGAAGCGCAAGCGUCGCACAUCGUUCACACCUCAGGCGCUGGAGCUGUUGAAUGCGCACUUUGAGCGCAAUACGCAUCCAUCGGGCACCGAAAUCACCGGACUGGCGCAUCAGCUAGGCUACGAACGUGAAGUGAUUCGCAUUUGGUUCUGCAACAAGCGGCAAGCACUCAAGAACACUGUGCGAAUGAUGUCCAAGGGCAUGGUCUAGUAGGACAUGUACAUAGAGGGAGAAAGAAAGUGAGAGCGAGAGCAAGAGCAAGAGCGAGAGAGAUAGUAUACUGUAUAUAGUUUGUGUGUAUUAUGUGAUAGUUUUAAACAAUUAGCGAUUAGAGUCUAGGCCAUGUAAAGUAAAAGGUGUGUCAUAGCAUUUACAAUGAGUACGUAUCUGAGUGUGUAUCAGAGCAUAUGCCCCCAAUAUUAAAUAUAUGGUAUAAAUAAUGCGAGUGUAUGUGUAAUAUUUACUAUUUACGAUUAAUUACGAUUAUGAAUAACAUAACAUCUAACCAUAUCCCAAAUAGCCUAAAAGUAGUCUAAAGUCGAAUGUCUCUAGGCGCAGACUUGUGCUGUUUUUAGGGCCCAUUUUAUAAUAUCGAUGUGCCAUUCCCAAAAAUGAAAACAAAAAAGAUAAACAAAAACGGAAUAUAUAAAUUAAUGAAAUACAAACAACAAUAUUUAAUAAAUUCACAAUUUAAAAAAACAAAAACGAAAAUUUACAUUUAACAAUUUGUAUGGCUAAGCGAAGAAAAAAAACCAAAAGGGCAACACAAAAUGAUACAAUUGAGAAAUUCUUGAUAAAUUUAAGCGAUGAUUAAUAAUACUUGCAUUUAAUGCGUUGGCUAUAUUCAAAUAACAUAUAUAUACUAAACUGUAUUUUAUUUAAACCAUUUAUAAACGAAUUAUUAACUCUAGCAAUUAACAAUUCUCAUUUGGCCAUCAAUACCUUUCCUUCCUCCCAUCCAACAAACAAAAAACAGAAAAAGAAACAGAAAUUGUAUGGCAGCGCACUAAAAAUUUAGAAUAAGCAAAUUUAUGUAGCAAUUUAAAAUGAUGAACAGAAAAAACAGAAUAUACGAAAUAUAUAAAAAAAAAAUAAACAUUUCAAUUACAAAAUUAAAAUGGUACACAAGAUGAAACAAAAUCAUGAACAAAUGAACAAC